AUGGCUCUCUCCUGGCAGGCAGUGCUGGCCUGCAGGAAAUACCUCAUCAUCACCCUGGUUCCCCUCAUCUUCCUCCCUCUGCCUCUGCUCCUGCCCACCAAGGAGGCUCUGUGUGGCUAUGUGAUCAUAGUGAUGGCACUUUUCUGGUGCACAGAAGCCCUGCCUUUGGCUGUCACAGCUCUCCUGCCCGUCCUGCUGUUCCCACUAAUGAAUAUCAUGGAUUCAACAACAGUCUGCCAGGAGUACUUGAAGGACACCAACAUGCUCUUUUUGGGGGGCCUGGUGAUGGCCAUUGCCAUCGAGACCUGGAACCUGCACAAGCGAGUGGCUCUGAGGGUCCUGCUGAUCACGGGUGUCAGGCCAGCCCUACUCCUGAUGGGUUUCAUGGUGGUGACAGCUUUCCUGUCCAUGUGGAUCAGCAACACAGCCACCACUGCCAUGAUGGUCCCCAUAGCACAGGCGGUGAUGGAGCAGCUGCACAAGUCAGAAACUGAGUCUGGCACCACUGGCCAAGUGCCUGAACACAACAACAAAGCCUUUGAGCUGCAGGAAAAGUCACCUGGCAGCUUCAAAGAACCAGAGGAAAAAGUCGAGGAAGAGAGGAAGAGAAAUGAAGAGAUUGAGAAGAAACACUUGAAGCUGUCCAAGGGAAUGUCCCUCUGUAUUUGUUACUCAUCCAGCAUUGGAGGGAUCGCCACUCUGACUGGGACAACUCCAAACCUGGUGCUGCAAGGCCAAAUUAAUGACAUCUAUAAAGACAACGGUGGCAUCAUCAACUUUGCCUCCUGGUUCUCCUUCGCCUUCCCCACCAUGGUGGUGCUGCUGAUUUUGGCGUGGAUUUGGCUGCAGAUCCUGUACCUGGGCUUCGAUUUUAAGAAGAAUUUUGGUUGUGGUGCCAGUCCUGCUGCCAAGGCUAAGGAGAAGCAGGCCUAUGAAAUCAUCAAGGAAGAGAGCAAGAAACUGGGCAAAAUGAACUUUGCAGAAAUAGAAGUUUCAAUCCUCUUCAUUCUCCUGGUGGUGUUGUGGUUUACAAGAGAACCUGGGUUCAUCCCGGGCUGGGCAACAGUUCUCUUCAACAAAGACAAUAAAAGCUAUGUCACCGAUGCUACUGUCGCCCUCUUCAUUGCACUGCUGCUCUUCAUCCUCCCCUCUGGCUUUUCCAACCAGGACAGAGACCAAGAGCAAACAGGGGGCAGGGCAAAGUUCCGGGCACCUCCACCCCUCCUGGGCUGGAAGGUCGUGCAGGAGAAGAUGCCGUGGAACAUCGUGUUCCUGCUGGGAGGUGGCUUCGCCUUGGCCAAAGGCAGCGAGAAGUCUGGUCUGUCUGCGUGGCUGGGCACCAAACUGACCCCUCUGCAGAGCAUCCCUCACCCAGCCAUUGCCUUCCUGCUGUGCCUCCUCAUCGCCACCUUCACCGAGUGCACCAGCAACGUGGCCACCACCACCCUCUUCCUCCCCAUUCUGGCUUCAAUGGCUGAAGCAAUUUGCCUCAACCCUCUCUAUGUCAUGCUGCCCUGCACACUCUCUGCAUCGCUGGCCUUCAUGCUCCCCGUGGCAACUCCUCCCAAUGCCAUUGUCUUCUCUUAUGGACAGCUCAGGGUUAUUGAUAUGGCCAAAGCUGGGUUUGUACUCAACAUUCUGGGAGUUCUGACCAUAACUCUGGCCAUCAACACCUGGACUUCAUCCCUGUUCCAGCUGCAGACGUUCCCAUCGUGGGCAAACAGGACAGGGAGCUGCCUGUGA